AUGGACUCAGCUGAGGAGGAGCCGUUUGACGAGCGCAUCCCGUUUUGGACGUUUGCCUCUGCUGCACGACGCAAGGGUCCCUCUCCUGCACGCCGUCGCCCUGCCCCACCGCAAAGCCAGCUGUGCAACACAGCAGAUGACGACCCUGAUGGUUGGCCAGACAUUACUGUCGCUGAUGUCAAGCCAACAAUACUUCUUUUCUCCCCCAAACGCCGCCCAGAAGUCCAGCUGGACUUGCUCCAAUCAUACUCCCCACUGAACCUUUGUGUUCUGGCCAACGGGGCUCUGGUGUGCUUGCCUGGACUGACAAUACAAUAUAGCAGACAAAUUGAGAAGCGAAAACUGCAUCGUUACAGUGUCCAGCAGGGGGCAUCAGACACACAGAACCUGAAAACAGACAAGACCAAGAGGGACACUGCAGAACACAGUGUCCAGCAGGGGGCAUCAGACACGCAGAAACUGAAUACAGACAAGACCAACAGGGACACUGCAGAACACAGAUUGACACCAGAGGAGGCCGAGCUCAGGUCCUUUCUGAAGGAGAAGUGUCAACAUCUGGUUGAAGGAGUACCACAUCAGGGAGACGCCAGACUCCUCCAGGACAUCUACACAGAUCUCUACAUCACAGAGGGGGGGAGUCGGGGGGUCAAUGAAGAGCAUGAGUGUGAUGAUGAUGAAGAAGAGGAGGAUUCUGAUGAUGAUGAGGAAGGAAAGGGUUCUGAUGAUGAUGAGGAAGAAGAGGAUUCUGAUGAUGAUGAGGAAGGAAAGGGUUCUGAUGAUGAUGAGGAAGAAGAGGAUUCUGAUGAUGAUGAGGAAGAGGAGGAUUCUGAUGGUUUUGAGGGAGAGGAGGAUUCUGAUGAGAACAGACUAAUCAAAUGCAGUGACAUCUUUAAACCCUUAGGUGUACAUCCACAAAGGGGUCUUUGGCAGCACAAACCCAUCAGAGUAGUACUGACAAAGGGAGUGGCAGGCAUUGGAAAAACCGUGUCCGUGCAGAAGUUCAUUCUGGACUGGACUGAAGGAGAAACCAAUCAGGACAUUCACUUCAUUUUCCCUCUUCCUUUCCGAGAGCUGAACCUGAUGAAGAAUACAAAACUCAGUCUGUUGGAGCUAGUUCAACACUUUUUCACACAAAUGAAAGAUCUGAAAGUGCUCUCCAGUUCUGAGACCAAAACUCUGUUCAUCUUCGAUGGUCUGGAUGAGUGCAGACUUCCUCUCGAUUUCCGCUCCAACCCGAGGUGUUGUGAAGUGACAGAGCCAGCCUCAGUAGAUGUACUUCUGACCAACCUCAUCAAUGGGAAUCUACUUCCCUCUGCUCUUGUCUGGAUCACCACCCGACCAGCAGCAGCUGGUCAGAUCCCUGCUGAGUGUGUGGACCAGGUGACAGAAAUUAGGGGGUUCAAUGACCCACAAAAAGAUGAGUACUUCCAGAAGAGAAUCAGUGAUGAGAACCUGGCCUUGCAAGUCAUCAACCACCUGAAGUCAUCCAGAAGCCUUUACAUCAUGUGCCACAUUCCAGUUUUCGCCUGGAUUUUGGCCACUGUUGCAGAGAAAACAUCAGAGAGAGGAGAAAUGCCAAGGACUCUCACUCAGAUGUACACUCACUUCCUGAACAUUCAGACUUGCAUCAAGAAAGAGAAGUACACAGAGAGAAGAGAGACAGAUGAAGAGAUGGUUUUGAAACUGGGGAAACUGGCUUUCCAACAGCUGGAGAAGGGCAAUCUGAUCUUCUAUGAGGAAGACCUGCGUGAGAGUGGCAUUGAUGUCACAGAAGCAUCUCUGUACUCAGGAGUGUGUACACAGAUCUUCAGAGUGGAGGCUGGGCUGUGCCAUGGGAGAGUGUUCAGCUUUGUGCAUCUGAGCAUCCAGGAAUUCCUUGCAGCACUAUAUGUGUUCCUCUGCUUCUGCAACGGUGCCAGAAAUGAACCACACCAACAUCAACCCUCUCAUCUCUCUGCUCUGUUCAGAGCUGCAACACUUGAAGACCUACACAAGACUGCAGUGGAUCUGGCCUUACAGAGUGAGAACGGACACCUGGACCUUUUCCUCCGCUUCCUUCUGGGCCUCUCACUGGAGUCCAAUCAGAAGCUCCUAAGACACUUACUGCCACAGACCAAUAUCCAACCACAGAACUUAGGGCAAACAGUACAGUAUGUCAAGCAUAAGAUAAGGCAUGAGUUGAAGUCUGAUAGAAAGAUCAACCUCUUCUACUGUCUGAAUGAGCUGAAUCAGCAUGCUGUAGUGGAUAACAUUGACAGGAAGGAAGGAAAGAUGUCUGUAGAGAUGCUCUUACCAGGUCAGUGGAAGACUAGAGAGUUUGAGUUUGAGUUAUCAGAAGAGCAGCUGGAUGGGUUUGACCUGCAGAAGUACAUAAAGACACCAGAAGAGGAUCUGACUGACCUCCUCAGCCCAGAUGACGUCCUCAAGAAGCUGGUGCCAGCAGUGUCAUCAGCACUGUAAGUAAACCUGGUGUGUGUGUGUGUGUG